AUGUGGAAUGGUAAAUUUGACACGCUUUUAGCAUCAAAAUUUAGUGUGAUAGCACAAGAUGAUAACAAAGUUGAAGUUUCUUUCCAAAAAAUACAUGAUCCUUUGAAUGGUAACAAUCCUCCUCUAAAUGUUGACAAAAGGUAUGUGAUGCUACGUGGGAGUUCUGGAUUUUAUUCAUAUGGAAUAUUUCAACAUUUAAAAGGAUGGCCAGCUGUAAAUUUGGAUGAAGCUAGAAUUGCUAUUAAGCUCAGCAAAUCACUGUUUCAUUUUAUGGCAAUAUCAGACGAUAGACAAAGGAUAAUGCCAACAGAAGAGGAUCGUGCAAGUGGUCAAACACUAGAUUAUAGAGAAGCUGUUAAAAUUACAAAUCCAUCCAACCCUAGACUCAAAGAUGAGGUUGAUGACAAGUACCAAUAUACAGAUGAGAUUAAAAAUAUUAAAGUUCAUGGAUGGAUAAGUGAUACUCCACACAUGGGGUUUUGGGUAAUUUCACCAAGUUAUGAAUAUUGUAAUGGUGGACCUAUGAAGCAAGAUCUUACCUCUCAUGUUGGUCCAACAUCUAUGGCUAAAUAUGAGUUUUUCGAUGAAAAGUCUGUCGAAAACGUUUUGUAA